AUGAGGAACGGCGAGGACCUGGAGGGCUUCGACGGCGAGGCGUCCAGCGCCUCCAUGAUCUCGGCCGCCAGCAGCCCCUACCAGCCCACCACAGAGCCCGUCAGCCAGCGCCGCGGGCUGGGCGGCCUGCGCUGCGACCUGGACUACCUGCGGGGCACCCUGGGCAGGAUGAAGGUGGCCGAGGUGGUUUUGGCACUGACCGCCUUCAUCUGCAUCGAGACCAUCAUGGAAUGCUCCCCCUGCGAGGGCCUGUACUUCUUUGAGUUUGUGAGCUGCAGUGCCCUCGUGGUUACCGGGGCUCUCCUGCUUUUGUUCAGUCUGAACCUUCACACCAGGAUACCACAGAUCAACUGGAAUCUCACUGAUCUGGUCAACACUGGACUCAGCACUUUCUUCUUUUUCGUUGCCUCUGUAGUACUUGCUGCUUUAAACCAUAAAACUGGAGCAGAAAUUGCUGCUGUGGUGUUUGGUUUCUUGGCAAUGGCGGUGUAUGCUGUGAACACGUUCCUGGCCGUGGGGAAGUGGCGGGUGAGCAGCAGGCAGCAGAGCAGCCGGCAGACCAGCGACUACAUCCGCGCUCGGACAGAGUCCAGGGAGGUCGUUCACCGCCCGGAGAUCCAGCGCCUGGACGCGUGACACGCCCUCCAGGGGGACUGCAAAGGGAAGAGAAGUGCUUGACUCCCUCAUGGAAGAAGGGUUUUUUCUUUAUUUGCAGAGGAAAAGGAAGAUCCGAGGGUGGCAGAGGAUGCCCAGCCCUGCGUGGGUGCCGCUGAGCGGGAAGCUGUUGGCUGGAGGCAGGAAAUGGUCGUUCCAAAGGAAGAUCCAUUCGAGAUCUCUACAUAUGUAUAUGCAUAUAUUAUAUAGCUAUAUAAUAUAUUUUAUAUAUAUGUUCUGAAGUGUGUUCUGGAUUAACUGCACAGUAGUUUCCUUCCCUCCCUGGAGAUCCAUGUUCUUCGUCUGCCGCAAACACUCGAGACCAGCACAAACCAGCACGACCUUGGUUGGCUCAUGCAGGAGAGGAAUCCACCAAAAGUGAUUUGAAACCCCCCCAGAAGGAGGUGAGGGGCCAACAGCAAUAACUUCAGCCACGUACCCUGUCCAGCAAACUGUGCCAGUCCAUCCCCACACGGCCCCAGGGCAGGAUCUGCACGCUCAGCCCCAGGAGGGGGAAGGCACUGCGGGGGUCUGGGGAUGAGUGCUGGGUGGUCACUCUGGAGGUGCCCCCUGGCCAGCUCUGAACUGUGGGUGUGGUGGUUGGGGGGCCCCUGGGACACUCCAGUGCCAGUAGGUGGUUCUGUGCUCAUGGUGGCUUCUGUUCUAUUCUUCAUUCCAAAAUGGGAGACAGGGGGAGAAAAGGGGGUUGAGGGACACAGUAGAGAAAGAAAGGGUUGUCAUCCAAUAGACUUAGUUCCAACCAUGGCUUUUUUUUUUUUAUAUAUAUUUUAUUUUAUUUUAAGGUUCAACAUUUCUAGAAGGUCUUGCUAGAACUUGCUUUCCCUCCAAGCCCGGGGUAAACAAGAACUAGCCAAAAAUCACGAUGUGCUUAUAAAGUGUUUCUAAGGUUGCAGAGUUGUGGUUCGUGUAAGAUAAAUAUUUCUUUUUGGAAGGACGGUGGUUCUAAAAUUAAAACCAUUGGUAGUAGGUAAACCUGAUUUAAUUUUUUUUUUUUUUUGAAGUAGAUGUUUCUGCAGAUUUUUCCCCUAAAUGUUUCUUUGGAAAAUGAAUUUAGCUAAUUGGAGGAUAAUAUGGUUGUAUUGAUUUGUUUAGAAAUAGUUUCACCUAACUGAAAUUUUCUUAUUUUAAUUGUACUUCCAGUGAAUGAAUUACAUUUUUCUGUACUCAAACCUCAAAUUCUGUUCCUAAUAAUACCAUAAUAUUAUUAGGAAGAUGUCUCUUGAUAUUUUUCUGUUUCCUUGCUUGGUGUUUUUGUCUGUGUAAUUCAUUAUUUGGCAUUUGCCUGCCUGCAUGUCCCACAAAGACACCGUGGGGGAGGAGAUGUGUGGAGCUGAAUUCCCUUCUGGGGUGAGGAGAAUGGAAAUCCAUGGGAUGAGUGGGACUGAGUGAGUGUCUGCCUUGUAUGCCUGACUUUGUGCUCUGCUGUAGCUGCACCCUGCAGGGAUCACUGCAGGUACCUGGAGCCUUAAGAAAUGGGUUGUGUUUAACCAUGAAAACCAGGUUACACCAACCAGGAGAUCAGCAGAAGUGCCUGGGAUAUUUGAUGCUGGAGGGAGCUGGGACAGGGACAGGUGUGACCCUAAUUCUGUGUUCAAACUGAGAGCAGAGAUUUACCUUGAUGUGUGGGGAGAAAAGGUGACAAGGGUGAUGUCUUUUAAUUUCCAGCGUACUGACAUCUGCAAUGCAUUUCACUUGGGUGGCGAAGAUGGAGGUUAAAAUUCAGAGUGACUGAUGACUUUAAAGAAAAUUUGCAUUUUCUUAGGGAGCUGUGGUUUAUCAGUUCCUGUCAUAGCAUUUUAUUGUGCUCCAUUGCAGUUAAUGCCAAAGGGGUCAGUGGAAAAGAAGAUUGAACCUGCAAGCCUGGUGCUGGGUUUAGAACAGAGACAUUUUAUUGUGGGUGUCCCACCAGGGCUGCUGUGAGCAGUAAAUGACAGUUCCACGUGCAGGGGCAGAAAUAAGGGUGUGUCAUUGCCAGUAGAGUUGUUCCAGCCCUGUGUUCGUCAGCACUGCCUGGCACUGGCACAGGUUGCAAGGAGAGUUUGGAGAUGCUUUUGUAGAGAGUUUGUGUGUGUAGAGAUUUGGUCAGUUCUUAAUAACUGGCAGUAAAAACCCUAAAAGAAGCUUUUUAAAAGCAGCACAAGCACACCUGGACUGGAAUUGUAAACUGGCAUUAAAGCAGUUUGGACAAAGACUGUAAAAAACCCCAAACAAAACCAAAAGAACCCAACCCAAAACAUCCCCCACCAAAAAGUGAACCAAACCCACCUUCUAAAAUACAAACUAUGGUUCUCCAGAAAAUCCACGUGUUUGCAGUGGAACUGCCACCUGGAAUCAGGGAGCACAGGUUGGGUGAUGCGUGGUGAAGGCUUCUGUGUCCCUGUGCUGGCUGAUGGCAGUGAUGGAAGGGAGGGUUCCCAAAUCCUCCCCUGUGCUCCCUGCGCUGAUCCUGCCUGGGGCAGGGCUGUGGGAGGCCUUGGCCCUCCAGAAAUUCAGGAUUUUGGUGUCUUUCAAAUCCCUGCACCUUUCCUUGCCUCGGAAAGGGGUGACUUCACUGAGUUUUCCUUGCAGUGAGGUCACAGGUACCUUUUAGCUGCAGUGACAAGUGCAGGAGUGGUACAGUUACACUUCCAGUAAAGUGUAAUCCUUGGGCACCUAUUAUAAUAUACUUUGGGGGCUUUUACAUGUGGAAUAAGUUCUCUUCAGCUGAAAAUGCCAUUAUUUAUUACUUGCAUGGUGACUUGAGCUUAGCACAGCGUUGAUUUUAAAAUUACUGAUUCACUUUGUAAAACAAAAGCAACUGUAAAUUUGUAAUUUCCUUGUAUUUGGGACCAAAGAUGAUUUUAGUAUUGUACAGAAUAUACUUUCUAAAAAAUCUUAAGCACUUAAUACUCUGCAGAGACAUUAUUUACUAUUUGGAUUACGUAGAAGGGAAACAAAGUAGCUGUGAGAGACAACUAAAUUUGAAAUAUCAGGAUCAUUUGAUGUGUAUGUGGUUCAUUCCUCCCUGACUUAAUUUUACACAGAGGUACUAUUUUAAGACUGUUACCCAAACUGCAGUCAUCACAAAAAAUCUUACAAGAAGAAAAUAGGGUAGAAAGUUUAAUUUUUUUUUUGAAACUUGUUUAGAAAAGUGACAUUAAAUCGCUUCUCUCAGCCAGUUAGUGUUGCUUGUAAUUGCUAGCACAGAGGGAUAGUUUUUUUUAGUCCUUGAAAGUGCUGUUUAGCUCCAUAAAGGGACUCAGACCCCACUGUAAAUAGAACUAAAUCAGAGCUAAACAACUGAACCUUGUAGGAACGGAGUGCUUGAGACUGUAAACGCUUCAGAUCAGUCCCCUGGGGUCCAACCAAGCCCUCAGACUGGGAAUCUCUGUUUUCUGGGUGUGGAAAUGACUGUGAAUUGUGCCACCUCUGCACAGCCAUCAGAAUAUUAAACACCGGGGUCUGACUGUGCAGGAAUUCCUAAAGCACAGCAGAGCAGAGUCCUUCCCACUGUCCCCUGGUGUUGCAGUACUGGGGACAGUGGGAGGGACUCUGCUCUGAGUUUGUUCACUGGUGCCUCGUGGCUCUCGUGCUGCCCGCGCUCGUGAGAUGCCUCUUCCAAAGAAAAGGCUCAGUGUGUGCUGCACUGUGCAUCCCAGAGUUGUUCCACCUGUCUGCAUUUCACUGUCCAUUUUACAAAGGGGAGGUUUUCACUCUUCCCCAAGAUAAUAGUUUAUUUUUUGGUUUUGUCUCUGGUGAUGAUUGUCCCUUCCUAACGCUUGGGGAUUCUCGCCGUGCUGUGGAUCGCAGCAGGAGAACUGAUGGCAUUGUUAGGAGGGAAUUAACCACUAGUUUUGCCGUGAACUUUAAUGUCCCUAGAUGAAUUUGGCAUUUGUCACCUCUGUGCUGUUUAACAGGGCACGUGCAGGCACAGCAAAUGCUUACCCAAUGUGUGCUUUUAUUGAUUCCCCCCCUUCCUUAGUCUUGUUCUGUGUCUGUUGUUUUCUUGUCUCACGAGAACUUUGUAAACAUUUCUCCUUCGCUUUUGUGAGGGGAAGACCCUCACCAAAAAUCUAAAAUAAGGAAGUUUUGAGGGCAAUUUGUGUAGAAAAUAAUACCCUCUGUCCUGCUCAGCUGAGAGGCUGAAGAGCUUUGUGCAUGACAGAGUAUAAAGAACAGUUCUUGUGCUGUAAGCUCUGGAGCCAAACCUCCUCAGCAGGUAUUUGGGAUAAAUGAAAAGGCAGGGACAAUCUGAUCAUCAGUGUGAGAUAUGAGAAGGGCUCUCAAUAAUCCAGUCCUUUUAAAGGGAUGUUUGAACAAUAAAAAUCCCCAACAGCAGAAGGAAAGAUGUUCUGCAGUUCCUAAAGGAGAGGCACCCCUUGGAUCAGAGGUGUUUGCUCAGGAGGGCUCUGUUUGGAGCAUGAGAGAAUGGAUUGGUGGUUGUUUGGAGCCCAACAAAGCCCCAAAACCCUGUGCAGACAGAGGUGUCCUGGGCAUGAAUUUUAAUUUAAAAAUGGUACCAAAAUCAGUACAAAAAUCAGAGGAAUGUUUGAAAAUACUUUGUAGAAAUGAUGCCGUAUUCCUCUCUGUAUUUUUGGUUAAAAUGAAUUUAUACAAAUGCUCAGGAGAUCUCUGAGUUUUUUCCUGGUAUAUCAUUUUCAUGGCAACUUGGCCACCUUGAUAAAUUUGACCAAGUCAGAGUGGUGCUGCCAACCUGAAAGGGUUUCCUUGUUCUGGUUCUUUUUUUUUUUUUUUUUUUGUGUUGUCUUUUUAAAAUCUGUCUAUAAUUUAACCAUUUGUAUGAUAAAAAUAAUCUUUAAAAAAUCUGCUUACACUGUGACUUCUGAGAGCCUUUAGAGUAAUCAACACAAUCUCGUUUUCUUUUGGGAUAUGCAGAUUUCAAAAGUGUUCUUAUAUAUGCCCAGAAGUGAAAGUUGUCUAUUUAUCGUAGGAAUGUGAUUAGAUAAAUCCAGAAUCCCAGCACAGCUCUUUCACAUGUGCUGGAUAGAUGAGUUAGUUAAAUUGCCUUUUAAUCUCUAUGGAUUAAUAAAUAUUUUUUUAUAACUAGCCACAGAUAGUCCUUUUUUAAAUUAUACUUGGCAAACAGAAGAUAUUUAAUUUUAUAUACAAUAUACAGUUACCAUGAUUGACAUAUUUAUAACAUAGAGCUUUGUGUUUACUAUGAAGGUUUUAUGUUUUGUUUUGGUUUGUUUUUUUUCAACCCAUGGACUCCAUGGGUAAAACUUCAAAAAGCCAGUUAGCAUUUAUGGGAAGUAUUUCAUGGCUUCAGGAGGAGGACAUAGGAGCAUUUAAAAAAGCAAUGGCCAGGUUGUAGUAACAGAAUAUCUGGGGGGUUUCUUAUUUUUUUGGUUGGGGCUGGUCCCUACAGCUGUUUCAGUAACAUCUGGAUGUGAGGAACAGAAUGGAACACGACCAUCUGCCUCUUGUGACUGUCCCAGGCUAUUGUUGGAGUACAGGAAAUGUCAGGGUCUUGGAUUGUUUUGGACAAAUGUCUCAAUAGACAUAUUUAAUUAAAACCUUCAUGUGCUUGAAAGGAAACACCCUCUCUGAACUAGGCUGAUCUUUUGGUAACCUUUUAAUCCCAAAAGUAGUAUUGUCUAAAUACUUUCAGUAAUGUUGCAUCUGUCCUGAUGUCUACAGGUUCAAGUGGUUCUGGCACCCUUUUGUUACAACAAUUGCUACCUUCAUUUUUCUACUGUUUAUACUUUAAUCUUGAAUGUUUACUGGUUUCUACUCGUUGGAUAUCAUGGAGGGAGAGUGUAUCUUAGCACUACAGAUCAUCCAGCUUUAACUCAUUCAUCACAGUUCUGGAGUAGGAAAAUAUUUUGGUUUUUGUGGCCAAUCUGUUGCAUUUUAAAAUGAUUUCUGUGCUUUAGGCCCUGCAUUUAUGACAUAACGAAUGACUUAGCUGAUCAUUAUAUCCGUCUAGACUUACUCUCUUCUGUGUUAGUGUCAUUUCGAAACUAUUUGUAUAUGUUGAAGUUUGUAAGGGUUCAGGAACCCACAAUAAAAUAGUAAAGUAUGUAUUUAUUUCUCAUGCUAAUGCUCCAUUUUGAUUUGGAAGUUUGACACUUUGUACGUCUUUUCACGAACUGUAAACAAAAUACCGAGAAACUGCUUCACCUGGGGUGCCUUCCACGUGUGGUGUGAACACUCAUCACUCACAGAAACAGGUGUGGGUUUGUUCGAGCAGGCAGCACUUUUUGUGCUCAGUCACUGAUGCAUCUCUGCCUUCCUCCUGCUUUGUUCCCACCCCCCCUGCUGCUGGGGCACUGCAGUGGGUGAGCCCCUGGCACAGCACAGCCCUUGCUCAGCUGCCCUGGGCAUGGACACAGAGCACGUGGCUGCUGGAGGUGGAAGGUGCUCCAGACUCUGUCCUUGAGAUUUGGGGAGAUGCUCAGUGUGGGAAAUCUCUACCCCAUGGACCCAUCCUGGGCCCUCUGCAGGAACACUGCAGGCCCAGCCUAACCAUUCUCAUUCUGGCUCACAGGUCAUGGUUUGUGGCAUCUGAGGAGCAUCCAGGCCUGACCAAAAGAUUAUGCCAGGGCUGUAGGUCCUGUGCUGACAGAUUGGUGAUUGCAAACAGCUCUGAGGUGUCAGUUGGAACAGCAGGUUCCCCUUCCACCCUGGGCUGAGCAGAGGGGAUGCAGUUUCCUGUUACCAUAGAGCACAAUCCGCUGUGGAACACCCUCGGUGCUUUGCUCUGGCAGUAAAACCUGUGCUGCUGGGUCACAGAUCUCCCUGCACGCUCUGGGUGCACAGGCAGCACCUGCCUGUUGGUCCCACAGCUCCCCGGGGGCUGCAGCUCAGCGGUCCCUCUGUCACCCAGUGCUGAGCGAGGACUCGGGAACGUCCCAGCUUAGCACACGUUCACACAGGGACCGUUCCUGGGGAGUGCCACACUGCUUUGGGAGUUCUGGAGCUUCUCAAGGAGCUCGUGGCCAGCUGGAGAAGCAGCUGUUUGCCACAGUGGUCCCUCCAGCUGUGCCCGUGGCACUGCAGCAUCUCCCAGCUCUGUGUGUGAAAGUUGUUCUCUUGAUGCUUGACCAAUCUCAAGGUACUCUACACAGAACCUCCACCUUGUUCCCACACCAGUAACAAUUUCUCAGUCUGUUGGUGUUUCUCCUGUUGGUGUCUGCUAAUCAAAAACACGAGCUGGACAAUUGUAAUGUCUUGCAAUACAGAAAGCAGUCCCGUUUUAAAAAUCCGUUCUGUUAUAGCAUAAUUUAAAUGGUGUAUUUAUCAGUUUUAAAUGUCUUUUUGAUUUCCCAGUCUUUUGUAUAUGGGCACAAAACUUUUUGUAAAUUUUUUUUGGUUUUUUUUUUUUAGUUGUCUUUCUGUCUUUUCUUUCUGGUCUGGGAAGAUUUGGGUUUUCACGGUACUCUUUGAUCAUUCUUCAUAGUGGUAAAAGUCUGUAUUUUUGUAUGUAGGGAAAAUGGUAGUUUUCUAACACUUAGCCCAAUCAAUAUAGUAUGGAAUCAUUUGUGAAGGACUUCCUGUUUAAUAAAUGGACAUAUUAAAGUACUAAAA